CGCAACUUAAAAUCUGCAAAGGUAACAAAUAUGUCAAAUGAUCCUAACUCAAUGGAAAGAUAGCUUGAAUUUAACUACAAUUUAACUACAUUUUCCUAGUCACCUUUAUUCCAUAGAAGAAAUGGAAAUAGAAGGUUGUGGUCGUCUAUCGGAAACACCGCCUACUAUGCAUUGGCUUGUGUCAAUUUACACAACAGUAUUCAAGUACACCAUAUUUGACUGUGUGGUUGUGUUAUGUCUUUGUUACGGGCCCAUGCCCUAAAUGAGGUUGAGAAAUUUCACUGGAUAUGGAUCCAUAAACCAUUAAUGUGCAUUUCUCGGAAACAAACAAGUAAUAUUCAUUCACUUGUGAGUCUUGUUGUGUCUGUCUACCUUUUACAGCCAACCAUUCAUCCAAAAACGCUACUCUUAUCCAUUCAUUCACAUGCCAUUGAGUCGUUGCUCCUUACUUUCUAUUAAUAUUACUGCUAUCUCUCAAUCUUCAUAGCUCUUACUCUUUUUCAAAAUUCAGCUAUUAGCUACAACUUUCUUACUAGUUGAUUUGCUUUAAUAAAAUCCAAACAAGAUGGCUGCAACUAUGAUAGGAGGUGCUUUUCUCUCUGCAACUCUUCAAACCUUACUUGAGAAUCUUGCCUCAACAGAGUUUCUUGAUUACAUCCGAAACACCAAGCUCGAUGUCACACUCUUGAGAAAGUUACAAACAACCCUGCUCACUCUUCAGGUUGUUCUGGAUGAUGCAGAAGAGAAGCAGAUCAGCACUCAUGCUGUCAAAAAUUGGCUAGAUGACUUGAAAGAUGUUGUCUUAGAUGCUGAGGAUUUGGUCGGUGAAAUAAGUUACGACUCCCUUCGCUGCAAGAUGGAGAAUAGACAAGCUGGAAGCAGAACUAAUCAGGUGUUGAGUUUUCUUUCAUCUCCUUUCAAAAAUUUCUAUCGAGAUAUCAAUUCCCAAUUGAAGAUCAUGUGUGAAACCCUUGAACCUUUUGCACAACAUAAAGAUACCCUUGGAUUGCAAACAAAAAGUGCUAGACUUUCACGAAGACCACCAUCAAGUUCAGGGGUUAAUGAAUCUGUCAUAGUCGGUAGGGAGGUUGAUAAAGAAUCAAUCAUCAAUACGCUUGUAUCAAAUUGUGGCACCAGCAAAAACAAUAAUUUAGGUGUUGUUGCAAUUUUGGGUAUGGGAGGUGUCGGAAAAACGACUCUUGCUCAACUGGUUUACAAUAAUGAAAAAGUUGAACAACAUUUUGAUUUCAAAGUCUGGGUUUGUGUAUCAGAGGACUUCGAUGUUGUGAGAGUAACCAAGAGCCUCCUUGAAUCUGUUAUUAGAAAUACAACAUCUGCUUCUUCAAAGGUAUGGGAAAGCGAUAACCUUGAUAUUCUUCGAGUUGAAUUAAAUAAAGUCACGAGGAAGAAAAGAUUUUUGUUUGUGCUGGACGAUUUGUGGAAUGAUAGUUACAAUGACUGGGAUGAGCUAGUAAGUCCUCUUGUUGAUGGAAACCCUGGAAGUUCGGUGAUUAUAACAACGCGUCAACAAAAAGUUGCAGAGAUGACAAAGACAUUUCCUAUCUAUAAAUUAGACCCUCUGUCACAUGAAGAUUGUUGGUCUAUACUCUCAAAACAUGCAUUGGGUAGUGAUGAACAUCAACCUAGUAAAAACACAGCCCUUGAAAAGAUUGGUAGGAAGAUUGCAAGAAAGUGUGGUGGAUUGCCAAUAGCUGCAAAAGCUCUGGGAGGACUUCUACGCUCAAGGGUAGACACAAUGGCGUGGACUGAUAUUUUGAACAGCAAUGUAUGGAACUUACCAAAUGAUAAUAUUAUGCCUGCAUUACAUUUGAGUUACCAAUAUCUUCCCUCUCAUUUGAAAAGAUGUUUUGCAUAUUGUUCAAUUUUUUCAAAAGAUUAUCCACUUAAUAGGGAGAAAUUGGUUUUGUUGUGGAUGGCAGAGGGCUUCCUUGAUUACUCUGACGAGGGAAAAUUGCCAGAGGAAGUAGGUGAUGGUUGCUUUGCUGAAUUAUUGUCUAGGUCCUUAAUUCAACAAUCAAAUGAUGGUGCUCGUGGAAAAUUGUUUGUCAUGCAUGACCUUAUCAACGACUUAGCUACAUCAGUAUCUAGAAAAAUUUGUAGUAGGUCUGAAUGUGGUGACAUUCCUGAAAAGGUUCGUUAUUUGUCAUAUAUUCAAGAUGAGUAUGAUAUUCUCAUGAAGUUUAAGCCUUUCUACAAUUAUAAAUGCGUACGAAGCUUCCUACCAAUUUCCAGUAAUUGGUUUAGAGCUACCUUGUCCAUUAAGGUGGUUGAUGAUUUGUUGCCAACAUUCAAAAGGUUGCGGGUGUUAUCGCUUUCAAAGUAUGUAAACAUCACCAAGCUACCAGAUUCAAUUGGUAAUUUGGUGCAAUUGCGAUAUCUAGAUUUGUCCUUCACUAAUAUCAAAAGCUUGCCUGAUACAGUAUGUAACCUUUACAAUUUGCAAACUUUGAAUUUAUUAGGUUGCUCCAGACUCACUGAAUUGCCUGUGCAUAUGGGAAAUUUAAUCAGCUUACGUCACCUUGAUAUAAGUGGGACUGCCAUAAAAGAGUUGCCUAUGGAAAUUGGUGAGCUAGAAAACCUCCAAACUUUGUCUGUUUUUUUAGUGGGUAAGCGAAAUAAAGGGUUAAGUAUCAAAGAGGUAAGGAAAUUCCCAAACCUACAAGGAAAAUUUACCAUAAAAAACCUUAACAAUAUCGUUGAUGCAAAAGAGGCGGAAGAUGCCAACCUGAAAAACAAAGAGAAAAUUGAGGAGUUAGAGCUGAUAUGGGGAAAAGAAAGUGAAGAUUCACUAAAUGUGAAAAUUGUGCUCGAAAUGUUGCGACCACCAAUAAACUUGAAGAGCCUAGUCAUUGAUUUGUAUGGAGGAACAAGUUUUCCGAAUUGGUUGGGAAAUUCUUCAUUUUCUAACAUGGUGUCCAUUGACAUUCGUAAUAGUGAAUACUGCAUGACACUUCCACCGCUAGGCCAACUACCUUCCCUCAAGAAGCUUAGUAUAUCGAAUUUGUUGUUAUUGGAGACAAUUGGCCCAGAGUUCUAUUGUGUUGAGGAAGGAGAAUGUUCCAGUUCUACCUUCCAACCAUUUCCUUCCCUUGAGCAUAUGAAAUUUCACAGCAUGCCAAAUUGGAAGGAUUGGAUUUCCUUUGAAGGCAUAAAUUUUGCAUUUCCCCGACUUAGAACUAUGGUGUUACGUGAUUGUCCUGUACUAACAGGAGAUUUGCCUGACCACCUUUCAUGCAUGGAAGACAUUGAAAUAAAAGGUUGUUAUAAGCUAUUGGAAACUACCCAUACUUUGAAUUGGCUAUCGGCAAUCAAAAUAGUGACAAUUAAAAAAGAUUUUAAUCAUGAAGUUUUUUCGACCGACUCUCCCUUGCAACAUGCAGCUGCUGCUGAAAGUUAUCCAAUGUUUAUUUCUAGAAUGAUGACGAGUAGUAUUUGUCUUACUCACUUGCUACUCCGGAAUAUUCAAUCUCUCACUGCAUUUCCCACAAAUGGUCUGCCCACUUCAUUGCAGUCACUUUAUAUUGAUGGGUGUAGGAAGUUAUCCUUCAUGCCUUUCGAAACAUUUCAAAAUUACACAUCACUUGUGAGUCUUUAUAUGUGGGAUAGCUGUGAUUCACUUACAUCAUUUCCACUUGAUGGUUUCCCUGCGCUCCAAACACUUUCCAUUCAUGGUUGUAGGAGUAUGAAUUCCAUUUUUAUUUCAGAUAGUCCUUCAGAUCGGCAGUCAACCCUCCAAUCACUUAAAAUCACAUCAGUUGGAUCACUUAAAGUCAAUCUUCGAUUGGACACGCUCACCAAUCUUGAACAUUUGAAUCUUUGCUGUCAUGGAGAGUUGUCAUUUUGUGAAGGAGUCUGUCUACCCUCCAAAUUACAAACAAUUGAUAUUUCUUUCGGAAGAACAAAGCCGCAUGUAAAAGAAUGGGGUCUCCAAGACCUAACCGCUCUUUCAAGAUUGAAAAUUCAAGAAAGCAGUGAAAUGGAAAACACCUCGACGGUCGCUUCGUUGCUCCCCAUCUCCCUUGUGUCUCUCUGUGUCGGUGAUAAUAUGUCCUUUGAUGGAAGUGGGCUUCGACACUUCUCCUCUCUCCAAAAUCUCGACUUUGUUGAUUGUCGACAUCUAAAGUCAUUGCCAGAAAACUGCCUUCCUUCCUCGCUGAAAUCACUUCAAUUUGAUGAUUGUAAACAACUAGAGUCAUUACCAGAAGACAGCCUCCCUACCUCUCUUAAGAAACUCACCAUCAGAGAUUGCCCUCUGCUAGAAGAAAGGUAUAAAAGGAAGGAAAACUGGUCCAAAAUUGCUCACAUCCCUGUCAUACAAAUAGAUGACCAACUCACAAUAUGAAAAUGAGUUGACUUCCUAAUGUUUCAGGUAUGAUUUUCUCUUUCAUAAUUGUUUAAUUAUGUUCACAAUCCAAACACAUCUCUAAAUAUUUUCA